UUGCCGCGAAACGUUCCAAACGAACCAAAACCUUCAACAGUUUUCCAAGUACGAAAUGGAAAGUUUCCUGAAUUGAUUCGAAUGGCAACUAAAUCGAUCGACAAAAUGAAAUAUUUCAAGCGGAGCUUCCUCUUCUUCUUAUUCGUUCUGUAUGAUCUCAUGACUGGUUCUCUAACCGAGGAGAUAACGUUGAACGUCAACUUGAAAGAACCCAUCGCUGUAACCGAUGAGAAGUUCCUCAGUCUUACCAUUGAUCCAGUAACCCUAUUAGCCGGGAAUGCGCUAAGCACGGAUUUCGAGAGAAGCAUAAACAUGGCUAAAGCCUUAGGUCCUGCAUAUUUACGAUUCGCCGGGCCAAAUUCUCUUCCCUACUUUGGCGAUAAGGAUUCUCAAGACAAAGAGGAUAACAAAAAAACAACACUAUCUGCGUCAGAUUGGGUUGUAAUCCAUCAGUGGGCAGGAAAGGCAGGAUUGCAUGUGAUCGACUGCAUUUCGCCAGACAAUCGACAAAAGGAAUCGGAGGAACCCCAAGAUCCUGAAGAAAUAAUUUCUUUCAGCGACCAUAUGCAUUUUAACGCGAGCUGGCAACUAGGAUAUGAAUGCCAAAUUAGAUGCGAUCUAUCAGCUGGUGAUUUAGGAAGACAGACGAUGGCUUUGCGAAAAGUACUCAACGAAUUUCCUAGAUAUUCGAACAGCAUCGUUGCUGGCCCCGAUGUCGUGGCUUAUAACACCGAUAAACAACGAAAAUAUCUUCGAGAUUACUUCAGCGUCGCCGCGCCUGCACUUUCGGCGAUCACCUGGCAUCCCCUGUUUGACAGCAUCACUUUGGGAAAUGGAGGAGCUUUCAUACAUCAGGAUAAUUUAGAGCAGGAUAAAGAAGAGAUGUUCAGAGUUAUAGGUCGUUUCAUACAGAAUAAACCAUUAUGGAUUGCCGAGUCCAAUCCAGAAGAAUGCAAAAAUUUAUUCAUCGGAGCGCUGGUUCUGACAAGAAGACUAGGAAACGCUGCAAAGAUAAAUGUAAAGACGUUCAUGAGGCAACCAACAGACCUGACACGACCGAUGCCAGAUUACUGGGUGUCAUUGCUUCACAAGACUCUCGUUGGACGAGAAGUAUUCGAUGCAAAGAUUCGAACCAGCAACGAGAAUCACAUCUACCUGUAUUGCCAAUGCGCGAAAGCUUCGAAUAAAUACGAGAAAGGAUCCAUCGUGAUCUUUGGUGUGAAUUUAAGUCCUGAAGAUGCCACGAUUAAUUUCCAAGCAGCCAAAAUUACCACUGUUCACGAAUACGUUCUUUCGCCGGGUUUCGAUGCUGCUAACAGAAUGUUUGCCGAAACUAUUUUCUUAAACAAUAAAUUGCUGACUUUAAUCAACGACACGGUUCCUGAGAUAUAUCCAAAUGUUUUGAACGAUACAAAAGGCGUGGAUCUUCGCCUGCAGUCGGGCGAUAUUGGUUUUUGGGUUGUUCCUGAUCUACAGGUAAAAUCUUGCAUGGAGAGCGACGUAACGCAAAAGAAGGAAACUCCCGUAGAAACAGAAAUUCUACGAAACCUGAGAAAGGCGAAGGAUGUAAGAAUACACGUGACCAGAUCUGUGAAAGAUCAAGCAACCAUAAAAAAAGAAAAACGAAGACAGAGAAGUAACAUCGCAAUAUAUAAGUCGAAUAUAAAAAGGGAACUCAAAAGACUGAGGAGAUUCGUGAAAAAGAAAUUGGACGAUUACGAGAGUAGAUCGCUACUGAAUAUCAGAGGAUUAUCUAACGAGGAAAAUAGCGAAAUCUCGAAGCAACCUGAAGAAAGCGUACAAGAUGGAUUACAAGAAUUCAAGGAACAUCUUUUGCGUUUCAAAAACCUAAUGGAUUCGAGCGAUACGAGGAUUGAACUGAAAAAACCGAUAAGCGAUCUCAUCACAGACGCGAUUUCUCUAAUGUCGAAGAUACAGAAUACUCUAAGAAGCAUGAAGAGUAAAACCGAAAGCAACGAAAACCGAGUAAAAUCAUCUCGCAGCGUAAAAGAGUCUCUGAAUACUUUGUACGAUCGUUUGACUCGCACUGACUUGGACGAGUCGAUCGAUCCUCAAGAGAGCAAGAUGGAUCAAGCAUCUAAAAGGACUAAGAGGGAUCUACUCGCCGAGAUUGGGGAAUCUGUGGACAGUCCUUUACGAAAAGGACCCAGAGACGACGACGUCAAAGAACGUAAACGUGAUUCAAAGAUUGGAUGGUUGAAGAAUAUUAAAAAAAAAACGCGACCGAGUCUCGUGCAAUUUGAAAGCGACGACAGUGAAGAAAGCACUUUACGGAAGAUUUUUGAUAUAAAUCCGGUGGAAAAUUUUUCAAACGACCAUGUAUUUUUUGAAGAUUCAUCUCUAAACAGAGACUAUGAUUACGUCUCUGCUGGAAACUCUCCUUUGAAUAAAGAUUGCUCGAGGAACGAUGAGCAGAGAAAUCGAAAGAUCGAAGGAAAUUCUCGGAAUAAACCUUCGAAGAUGGAUUACCUGAACGAUCAUCCAUGGACUGAACUUGAUGACACUGAUGAUUAUCCUUUUUACGAUCCCAUAGAUUUCAUCGAAGACUCAAGGCCCUGGAAUGAUCCAAUGGAAGUAGCUUUGGGAGACUCUACCGAACUGUCGGAAGAGCAAAUCUAUGAACCUUUGAACAAUAAUGAGUUUGACAAUGAGAACGAAUCUAGAAUCAUAGGAAUUGAAUCAAACGAAGAUGACGAAGCUCAGGAUGACUAUUACGAAUCCAAUAAUUUUCCAAGGAAUCAUAGACUCGUAUAUGGCCCUUUGGUCGAUCCUGAUGCAUUUAUUAUGAAAACCUAUGGGUCUGGAAAAAAUAACAGAGCUGGUAAUGAGAAGGAAUUUAGGGUCGUAGGAAGCCAAUCAAACAGAGUUCAGAGAGUACAGGGCGAUAAAAGUAGAUUAAAAGGAAUGGAUGAUUACUACGAAUGUACUGAUUUUCCUAAAAACCAUAGACCCACAUAUGGCCCUUUAAUCGUACCAGACGCAACCAUUCUUCGAUAUACUUUGACUAGACAGCCAUCCAAUAAAAGGAAGAAUUACGCAAAUGAAAAAGCUUCUUCUGAUUACUACUUAAGGUCUAUUCUGAAAGGAUUCGAUUUGCCGAUCGAAGCUGAUCAUCCUAGAAAUAAAAAACUUAAAAGAGAGGGCAAAGAUUUGCAGGCUGUACUCGAUCAAGAAAUGAUUAACGAAGACGACGCGAACUCGAAAAAUUGCAACUGCAGAGUCAUCAGACGCUCGAAAGGUCGAUCGAAGAGAGAGGCUAUCGAGUCAAUGGAAUCUGAAAUAGAACAAAUCCCAGAGGAGGUAAGCAUGGGUUUUAGAAAAGACAUAGUUAAAUCAGGUGUACGCGACGAUACAGACGUAGAGGUGUUCUCAGAACUCAGAGAGGAGCUUUUAGAGAAAGUAAAAUCGCAAGCUGAAUCUUCGAACCCGAAGAUUGGUCGAGAUACAAUGACACCGUUACAAAUCGAAGCUAGCACGAAGGAUUUGAAUGCAAAUACAGCUUCAUCGACCCUACGCGAUGAUUCGGACAAAGAAGAAUUUUCAGAAUUCAAAGACUCGCCUGUAGAAAAUGCAAAAUCGUCAAAUGAAUCUGCGAGCAAGAAAAUCGUACAAGAUAGAGAAGAGGCGUCGUCGAAAAUUGAGAAAGAGGAAAAUAAUGGGCCGAAGUUUGAGUCAAAUAUUCCCUCUCUGCAAAACAAAUCAGAUCUUAAAUUUUAUUCCCAAAUCCUACCUAUUGAUCAAUCGACAAUUUUAGACUCGAAAGAACAGACGAGCUCAGCUGGAUCUUUGGAAACAUUGAAACACGACGAGAAAGUGUUUUUUCAUGGGCAAUCCGGCAAAAAGAACGAAGAGAACACAUCGACUUAUACUGCAAGGUAUACUGCGGUUGAUCAAAGAUAUUCUACGCCCGAUCAAGGAUAUUCUACGCCCUUCGUCGUUGAAGAAUUUGCAAAGGAAAAAGGGGAAACUGAGGAGGCUGAAGAAGCUGAGACUCGGAAGGUAGAGAGUUUAAGCACGACAGUCAAGACGGCCACUUUAUCAGAGGAAACUAUCGAGGAAGAAUCUGAAAACAAUUACGAUAACGGUAACGCUGCCGGAGCAAGCUCGAAACGAGAGGUUAAACUGGAGCAAGUUCCCCUUGAAAAAGCGAGGCUCGCAAACCGACCUCGCUCACCUAAACAAAGUAAGAAGCAGACGAAAUUAAAUGUUUCUAAGCCUCAAGAAUCUAAACUAUGGAAGAGGAUAAGAACACUGAAGGGGAUAAGGGAUCUGUUUCGUAAAUUGAAAGAGUCGGGUACUAUGUCUCUCCCAAGGUUGAGAUCGCCCAAGUACGAGGAACAACGAAGAAAUCGAACGGAACGGCUUAAACAAUUACGGAAGAAAUUAAGUGACAAAGCACAAGUGACAUUAAAGAAAUACGAAAAAGGUGACAACGAUACGGUAGAGAAGGAAAAGGGCGAGCAGAAGAGAAAUCUGAGAAGAAGAGAGGUUUGGGAGACGGUCAGAACCAGCGAAGAUUUUGCAGAUAUGAUCGAUCGCGAGAGAUUAGCGUAUAUAUUAAUGUACCCACCAAUGAAACACGAUUUGAGAAGAGAAGCCAUUACGAGCGACGAAGUGGAAACGAUAGAAGUACCAGUAACUGAAAUUAUCAGAGCGAAAAAUGUCAGACAAAGAGUUUCUACUCCUGAUAAUCGAAGAAACUUUCGCGACACUACGAUUAUAGAACAUCCUAAUCCUGAUAAAUUAAAAAAGAAGAUUAUACAAUUGACUAAUUUAUAUCAGAGUAAAAUAUCAAGAGGAGGAAGAUCUGAUGAAACUAAGGGGAAUGAUAAGGUUUAUUUUGCUGUAGUGGAAGACGUAGAAAGACCACGAAUAUUUUAUUACGAGGAAGAUCCGGAAAAUGAAGGGAAGAGGAAUAUGCGGGCACUGACGUCGCGUCCCUUCUACAAUAGCAAGUACAGGCACAAUCGACUGCUACAGAAGCCUUACCGGGAAAGUCUUAAAGCCGCUCAAUAUACCAAGGAAGAAUCAGAUGAGUUCCCCGGGAGCAAAGAAAUAUACAUAAUCGAUCCCUCCGAGUACAAAGGAGGGCAUCCUUCGUUGCAGUUGUACAGUCCAUCGACAUCGAGAACCAAUUCACGGGGAAAGAUCGCUCCGAAAAAUAAGUACGAAGUCAGUUGGGAUCCUAUCUCCAGCUCCGAGCCUUAUAGAAUUCGUCAAACAACUGACAAACGCGAAGGAAGAAUGCCAAGUAAAAAUUCUCAAGAACCGUCGAAGAGCGCUGAAAAACUUUUACAAAUUUUAAUCGAAAACCUCGACUCUGAGACUACUGACAAACUUUUUAAGAAAUUAACAGGACGCAGUGUAGCGGACGACAAAGGCGAACAUUUCGCCAAUUCGAUUUCAAAAUCGAAAAAAGAAACCGGAAGAAGACAGUCAGAGGAAGAUGAGGAAAGUGUGUCUUUGGAUGAUGAUACGCAAGGCACCAAGAGACGGAGGAAAAACUACCGAGAUCUUUCGAAAGAAAAACUAUCGGAAGAAAGUGUAGAAGAGGAUGAGGAGUCCGAAAAAAUUUCUGAAAGUAGAGAGAAUUCUGAGGAAAGUGUGUCUGUGGAUGACGAUACACAAGGCAGCAGGAGACAGAGUGAAAACUAUCGAGAUGUUUCGGAAGAAAAUGUGGAAGAAGAUGAGAAGUUCGACAACAUUUCUGAAAGUAGAGAGAAUUCUAAAGAAAGUGUGUCUUUGGAUGAUAAUAAACAAGGCGGCAGGAGACAGAGAGGAAACUAUCGAGAUGUUUCGGAAGAGGAACUACAGGAAGAAAAUAUCGAUGAGGAUAAAGUAGAUGAAGAGUUUGAAAAAGUUUCUGAAAGUAGAGAGAAUUCUAACCAAAGUAUAUCUUUGGAUGAUGAUACACAAGGCAGCAAGAGACAGAGGGGAAACUAUCGAGAUGUUUCGAAGGAAAAACUGUCGGAAGAAAAUUUGGAUGAAGGUAAAGAAAAUGAGGAGUUCGAAAACAUUUCUGUAAGCAGAAAGAAUUCUAAGGAAAACGUGUCUUUGGAUGAUGAUAGAGAAAACAGCAGGAGACAGAGGGAAAACGUUUCGGAGGAAGAAAUACAAACUGAAAGAGCGGAUAUUUCUGAAACACUGAUUCCUGAAGAAAAUACCACAAACACUAAUAUUUCUGAAGGAGAUUCGGAAGAAGAAGCAACGCACAUACGAAUACGGAGAAAUGCGAAUACCAGAUCAAAAGAAGAAUAUUUGAAGUCUGUGCCUUCGAUUUUAAUGCGUAAAAUAUCGAAAGCAAGCCAGAAGACUGAAUUGGAUAACUAUUUACAUGUAAAACAGAGUCCAGGAAAGAUCUCUGGUGAAAAUCCAUCUAAACUGAGAAUUGGAAAAGCGAAAGAACGUUUCAACGUAGUUCCUGACAAAAAAUUCUACGGUACAGCGGUAGCAAAUAUAAAGAAACAGAUUUAUUUAACGAAAAGAAGCAAUAACGAUGAAUUUAAAAAAUAUCAAUAUUUUCCUAAAAAUCUGAAAAUUACAAGUACUUUACCAUCGAGGUCAUGUAAUUCUUUUACUAAGAAAAACUCUGUCGAUCCGUAUAGAAAACUAUUUGAAGACUACCAAAAUGAGUCAGACUUCAUGGAGAAAGGAUCAGAAUUGAGAAAAAGCAGAAAACGUUCAAACGAUGCUUCUUAUAAGGAUGAAAAUGUAUCCAACGUGCAAGAACUUGGUAAUGAAAAGAAAAAUGAAAGGAAUAAGGAAAGUAACAAGGAGGUGGAUUUAAAAGAGGAAUCACUUUCUAAUAAACGUGAAGUAUUAAUGGUGCUGCCGUGGGUAAAAAGAUCCAGCAGACCGCGGAGAGAAACGAUAGAUCAAGAGAAGAUCGGCAAGAAUAAUAAAGCGGAUAAGGUACAACCAUUUGUAUUGCAACAUCUAGACGGAUCUUACAACCCAAAGAACCCGAUAUCCAGUCAGAUCGAUGACGUCGAAAAAUCGCUGAUCCAGAAGAUACCACUUGAAAAAUUUACGGCGAAAGGGAAUAUUAACAGGAGGAAAAAUAUAAAGAGAAAUAAAAAGGACGAUGAUGGAUUGUCAUCGCUUCUACAGAAAAGCAUACCAAAGUUAGGGAACGUUGUAGUCAAUGGGUUAAAUAAAGCAGAGAAUUUUACUGGAUCGGUGGAACAGUUAAUUAUGAAUCUGGAUGAGAAGUUUAACAAUACUUUGAAAGAGGAACCACGAGGCAAUUCUACGAUGUCAGUUGACCCUGGUCAGAGUAUUUUUCACAAUGCGAUAGUGAACGUGAAGAAGUUUUUUAUAUUACUUAAUGGUAUCACUAAUAUUCUUCGAGAUAUCCAUAAUCCAUGA